GAAGAGCAUACGUACGCCAUUAUAGAAGUCACUUUUCAAUAGAAAAAAACUUGUUAAAAGUUAGCACAAAACAGUUAAUAUUAGAAAAACAAAAAUAGUUGCUAUUUCCAUAAYUCUACCGUCAUGGCCGAUGAGGGAGCCAAUCCGGAAAAAGAAGCAGAAAAGAAAAUCGUGCACACAUAUCCGCUUGUCAAGCAUUCAGAUAUGAACGAAGAAAUGCGCACAGAAGCUAUAGAGAUGAGUAUUACAGCUUGUGAAAAAUAUUCGAGCAAUUAUGAGCAAGCGGCACGUGUUAUCAAGGAAACCAUGGAUAAGAAGUUCGGUAUUUAUUGGCAUGUGGUUGUUGGUGAAGGCUUUGGAUUUGAAGUUUCCUACGAAACCAAAAAUAUUUUAUACCUUUUCUUCGGUGGAAAUUUAGCAAUUUUACUAUGGAAAUGUUCAUAAUAACAAGAAUGACAAAAACUGAAAUACAUACAUGAGUGUGUGUACGUAAAAACGUUACUAUGAAGAAAUCAUCAUAUAUAAAAUAUGAUAAUUGUAGAGCAGUCCGAAAGUUGAAAGCAUUUGACUAUUUAGGGAACAAAUAGGGAGUGUAUUAAAUUUAGUAAAAUGCCGAAGAAAACRAAUGGUUUACAUACCCGUACCUAAAUUUUAAUAAAACCUUUAAUAUUAAUAARAACAUAUUAAUAAAAAAAAAAAAUCAAAACAAAAUAUGAUAUGAAACUUGGUGAUCACCUAAAUGCAAUACAAUAAUUGAAAAUGUUUUUUAUACGACUAAUGUAUUGAAAUUUAUAAUAUAGAAAUAAAUUAUAAGUAAGUAAA